AUGCGUGCAUUUUUUUUCUCCUUUUUGUGCGUGGGCUUCCGCGCGUUUCACUAUGCGCAAAUUCUCAAACAAACAACAAAUAAAUCUAUCUAUCUAUCUUCAUAUCUAUCUAUGUUCACAUCUAUCUAUCUAUCUAUGUUCACAUCUAUCUAUCUUCUCGUCUAUCUAGCCUACGUGUUCAUAUCUAUCUAUCUAUCUAUUUAUCACAGUGUGUUCCUUUCUAUCUAUCUAUUUAUCACAGUGUGUUCUUUUCUAUCUAUCUAUCUAUCUAUCUAUUUCAAUGUGUUCCUAUCUAUCUAUCUAUUUCAAUGUGUUCCUAUCUAUCUAUCUAUCUACCUAUCUAUCUAUUUCAAUGUGUUCCUAUCUAUCUAUCUAUCUACCUAUCUAUCUAUUUCAAUUUUUUCCUAUCUAUCUAUCUAUCUCAAUGUUUUCCUACCUAUCUACCUAUCUAUCUAUCUAUCUAUUUCAAUGUGUUCCUAUCUAUCUAUCUAUCUAUUUCAAUGUGUUCCUAUCUAUCUAUCUAUCUAUCUAUCUAUUUCAAUGUGUUCCUAUCUAUCUAUCUAUCUAUCUAUCUAUCUAUCUCACCUGUUCAUAUCUAUCUAUCUAUCUAUCUAUCUAUCUAUCUCAUUCUUUCUUUUUAUCUAUCUAUCUAUCCAUCGCAGACUCUUCGGCUCUAUUAAGAUCUAA